AGCCGGUUCGCCUCCCGUCCUCCCGUGGGUGGGAGUGGGCGACUGCGGCCUUUCUCCCACGCUGCGGAGGGGCUGAGGGGAGGCAGAGUCGCCCUCACCUCUUCCCCCCUCGUCCCCGUGCCUCUUCUCCAGCGCAGAGCGAGACUUUGCUCCUAACCCCUUCCCUGGAGGGCAGAGGGAUCCCCCUGCCUUCGCCCUGUCAGGCUGGGCUCCCCUGCCCUGUGCUCCCCGGCCAGCGGAGGGUGGUGGGGCUGGACCAGGUGAACUCUCUCCUCGAGCCCCUCGUCCUGUGAAGCUCCCACCAUGGCUGUCGGUGGGGUUGGGACCUCGCUCCUGCUGAUGGCCGGCAUCGUGGCAGCAGUGGGGCUGUGCAGGAGGUUCGCCCGCCGCCGCCUGCGCUUCCACCGGCGCCUUUGCACUUUCCUCUUGGAGAUGUUUAGCACCUUCCAGAUUUGCGCCUGCACUAACGAGCUCUGCCUGCUGGGCAACGUGGAGCCCAAUCCGCACACCGCCCUGACCCUCACCUACGGCUUCACCGUCCUGCAUGGCUUGACUCUGACUGGCAGCACAUGCAAUCCCUGUGGGAUCUUUCAGCCGAAGCGGGCUGGUGGGAUAUUGGCCGAGAUGAGUGGACUCAAGAUCGCCGCUCAGUGCGUUGCUGCUCUGCUUGCCAGGGUGUUUAUGCGCUUUAUCUGGAGCCUGGAGCUGGCAGAACCACAUUAUGGAGCGCUCUCAGAGGGCUGCAGCAAUCCCAUUCAGACUACAGAGAUGCAGGCGUUCUGCAUUGAACUGCUCUUUUCUGUCGUGUUCCAGCUGGCCAUCCUGCGAAUGGAAAGUGUUAAUCCCAAGUACAGAGUCCAUUUGGUUGCUCUUCUCAUUACCAUGCUCGUGUAUGCAGGUGGAAACCUCACAGGAGCAAUAUUUAACCCAGCACUGGCUUUUUCAUUACAUGCAAAUUGUUUCUAUGACAGAUUUUUGAGCUAUUCCCUAGUGUAUUGGCUAGCACCAUCCUUAGGUGCAAUACUUGUGGCUUUUAUAUGGGAUGAAAUCCUUCCUCAGCUAUCCUGAGGCAUCACAUGCUGAAGCUGAGCAGUGCUACACAACAAAACCCACUUCCAACGUCUGCAGACGAAAACAUCAACUUCCACAGCACGUUUCAGUUGUAUUUUCAGAUGUCACAUUUGAAAUACUUGACUCAAACUGUUUUCAAAUCCUUAGUCUGUAACAGUACUUUGAGAAUCGAUCCUCUCCAGUUCAGCCAUACUAAGGGGAAGGACUGCUGAGAGAGUGAAACUUUGUCACUUUAGCCACAAGUGCCAGUUGCUGACCUUUAUUAAUCACCAUGCAAAGAUUUUAACUACCCAGUCCUUUCAAGCUUUGAUUUUACUGGAUUUCUUGCCAUAGAAGGCACCUGCAAAAAUAAGGAGCUGAAGAUUCUACUCCUAUAAUGACCUCAUCCUAUGUCUCCUUGCCAUAUCUGUCUGUCAGAGGAAGAAACGCUGCCCUCUUCCCUCCAAGAGUCUCCACAGCUCUACUCUAGAGGUACCUUACACCAAAAUUAAGUCUGUAGGAGCAGCAUUGUUUUAAUAAUGCCUGAGUGCAGGUAAGUAACCCAUCUGCCACAUCCCCUCCUGCUCUAGUCCGUUGACUGUUUAUCUUGGUUGGAAAAAGCAGUAAUAAAGUACCAUAAAAUUCUCUCCACACACACAUAAAAAGGUAUUUUAAGCAAAAACUUUCCACUCUAAUUGCUCUGAGGAUUCUGCUGCCUCUUCACAUAGUAAAAUAGAGUGUAUUGGGAUGUGUCAUGGAACUUCAUUUGUCCUUGAUUGUGUGUAACUCUGGGCAGCCAUUUUCCUUGAAAUAAAUGAAUUUGCAGUAUGGGAGAAUAAACGAGUCAUGUGCACAAACUGGCACAAACAGGCCCUUUCUCACCUAGGCUGAGGAGUAUCACAGACUCUCAAGGGCUGGAAGGGACCUGGAAAGCUCAUCCAGUGCAACCCCCCUGCCAGAGCAGCACCACCUAGAGUAGGGCACACUCAUCCAGUUGAGUUUGGAAUGUCUCCAGAGAAGGAGACUCCACAGCCCAUCUGGGCAGCCCCUGCCAGUGCUCCCUCACCUCAACAGGGAACAAAUUCUGCCUUGUGUUUCUUUGGAACCUCUUCUGUUCCAGCUUGUCCCCAUUGCCCUUGUCCUAUCAUUGGCCAUCACUGAAACAGCCUGGCUCCAUCCUCCUGACACCUGCCCCACUGCUAGGCACCACCUCAGAAGUUUACCCUCUAGCCUGAGGUUUCUUCUGGAUACAUCUUCAUUGUUUAUAUGCCAAAAUAGGAGUUUUCAGAUUUAAGACUGAAUUCAGUUUUUCACUUUGUAUUUCCUAGGUUUGAAAGGAGAGCUGUUCUACAAAGGUCUCCAGAGUAGGGCCCUCGAUUUGUUACCCAGGUCACCUGGCAGGCCCUAAUGGAACAGGAAGGGAGGGAUUCAGACAGGUCUUUCCCCAUCUUAAAAUUAUGAACCAGGUCUUAACCAGCUGCUGCUGUCAGCAGCUGCCUUGUAUGC